AGAGCUUGGUGCGUGACUCGUUUAAUUAGGAGACGAAGGGUUGGUCGACAACACCACCCAACUCAGUCACGAUGACGCCAAACAAACAUAAAAUUCGUUUAUGUUUGGUUUGUGCGCCAGGUGGGAUUUAAGAGAUAUAUUCAAAGAGUCGAAGGGAGGAAAUGACGCAUGUUUUAGUAGAUUGUCAUCUGGGAAGAGUGACAGAGAGAGUAGGUAGAUGGGAACUACUACGGCUAGAGAUGAAAGGAGCGUUGUGGCGAUGGAAGUGGGCAGCGUGUCUGGAUUCCAAAGGAUAUCCACAAUGGCUGGUGUUGGGCAUGGGAGCGGGUACGUCAAUGGGGCAAUUUCUAUCAGGAGCCCUGCUACAAUAUCUGAAGUCGAUAAAUUCUGCUAUGCUCUUGGAGGAAAGAAGCCAAUCCAUAGCAUAUUGAUUGCAAACAAUGGAAUGGCAGCUGUCAAGUUUAUACGUAGUGUUAGGACUUGGGCGUAUGAAACAUUUGGCACGGAGAAGGGAAUUCUGUUGGUGGCCAUGGCUACUCCAGAGGACAUGAGAAUAAAUGCAGAACAUAUUAGAAUUGCCGAUAAGUUUGUGGAAGUUCCUGGUGGGACAAAUAAUAAUAACUAUGCCAAUGUACAGCUUAUUGUAGAGACAGCAGAGAUAACCCAUGUUGAUGCGGUUUGGCCGGGUUGGGGCCAUGCAUCGGAGAACCCUGAGCUGCCAGAUGCACUGAAUGCAAAGGGAAUCAUAUUUCUCGGGCCUCCAGCUACAUCUAUGGCAGCACUGGGGGACAAGAUUGGUUCAUCAUUGAUUGCUCAAGCGGCAGAAGUGCCCACCCUAUCAUGGAGUGGCUCUCAUGUGAAAAUUCCACCAGAAAGUUGCUUGGUUACAAUUCCAGAUGAAAUAUAUAGGGAAGCAUGUGUUUAUACAACAGAGGAAGCGAUUGCAAGCUGCCAAGUUGUUGGUUACCCUGCAAUGAUCAAGGCAUCUUGGGGUGGUGGUGGUAAAGGCAUAAGAAAGAGACCUGCAGUAGAUAUGGAGACACUGUUUGCCUUCUGUUAG